AUACACCAGUCGAUGGUGACCUCACUGAAUGAGGACAAUGAGAGCGUCACAGUGGAGUGGAUAGAAAAUGGAGACACUAAAGGGAAAGAGUCAAUUGGAUUUAUUUUGAUACUUUCUUUACCAAACAAUGUGUGUCUGCUUUUGUUUCAGGAGUGUAUCAGGGCUCUGGGCCGCAACAAGCCCCACACUCCAUUCAGAGCCAGUAAGCUCACCCAGGUCCUGAGAGACUCUUUCAUCGGGGAGAACUCACGCACAUGCAUGAUUGCAACAAUCUCUCCUGGAAUGACAUCCUGUGAGAAUACCCUCAACACACUACGCUACGCCAACAGAGUGAAGGAGUUUGGGAUUAGUCCGUCGGACAUCCCCUUCUCUCAGGGCGGUCGCUCUGAGCUCUCGCCUACCAAUACCUUUGAAUACGAUGACUUUGCUGCUACCUCUCCCAGCAGGGUGAAGGAGCUGUCAGUGGACCCCAACCAAAUGAUGGACGGGGGCCGACCCAACAUCCACGCUGUAAACCAGCUGGAGCUUUUAGACCAGGACUGGCUGAGUAUCUCGCCGCAGAGAGACGACCUCAAACUGCUCUGUGAGCAGAAUGAGGAGGAGGUGUCUCCCCAGUUAUUUACCUUCCACGAGGCGGUGUCUCAGUUAGUGGAGAUGGAGGAGCAGGUCCUGGAGGACCAUCGAGCUGUUUUCCAGGAGUCUAUCCGCUGGUUGGAAGAUGAGAAGGUGCUGCUUGAGAUGACGGAGGAGGUGGAUUAUGACGUGGAAACAUACGCCACUCAACUGGAGCAGAUCCUAGACCAGAAGAUAGAAAUCCUCACUGAGCUCCGGGAUAAAGUGAAGUCAUUCCGCUCUACACUCCGAGAGGAGGAGCAAGCCAGUAAGCAGAUAGUUCCCAAGAGGCCACGUGCUCUCUAGAGACUGACAUUUUUUUUUAGUGUCACCUACGGAAGCAUAACCACUUGAUAUUCAGCACGACUACAUGUAGUUUGCAAACUCUUACUAAGUAAUAAAGAUGACUGUGCUUAAUUUAAAAGGACUUUUGUGACAAUUAGUAAUGAAGAACUUCCAGCAAGAGCAAUCUUCUAACACCUUUGAGUAGAAAUGGUGUGUGUUAUGAAACCCUGCUGACUUGUACCUGUCACUAAAACAUCAUCACAUAUUUCCUAUGUUAUUGGGCUCGACAUUUAGAAAUGUAUAUUUAAACAAAUGUACAUGAAGCAUGCAUCUUGUAGCAUUAUACACAAUGUUGGAUUCGUUUUUCAUUUACAUAAAACACCAGUGACAAUGGCUAGAGAAGCUGUGUAUUGUAUCCAUGGUGACAGCUGCUUCCUGUUUUACAUAAAGGGACAAAGGAGGUUCACCUUUCAAAGAGACUGUUU